UCUCUUCCGCCAUUUUGGCUAAACCGAAAGGUUGUUUUUCUCUCGGAUAACGUGAUUUUCAACACAUUUGAUCGCUGUGGUAAAAGUACAGCUUUGUGAAAAUACAGUUCCUAGUAAUUGGAAAUGGCAACCUGUGGGAUUCCUGUUGAGGAACUUCCUGAUGAAAACCCUGAGAAGGAGACCAACAGCAGAGAGGGCCAGGCAACAGACACAGGAAGGCAGCAGGACAAGGAAAGGGAGAGUCCAUGUGAGGAAACCUGUACUACUGUGGGCUCUAUCCUGCCUACUCAUGAAACAAAUAACAGAGAGGGCCAGACAAGAGACACAGGAAGGCAACAGGACAAGGAAAGGGAGAGUCUAAGUGAAGCAACCUGUACUAGUGUAGGCUCUAUUCUGUCUGCUUAUGAAACAAAUAACAGAGAGGACCAGACAAGAGACACGGGCCUAGGAAGGCAGCAGGACAAGGAAAGAAAGAGUCCAUGUGAGGAAACUUGCAAUGUAGUCUCUGAGAGUAAAGAGGACAUGGCAAGAGGAACUAGUAGCCAACAGAAUGAGAGGAAAGAAAAAGACAAUCUGUUUGAAGGAACAAACUGUUUCAAUUUCAAUUCCCCCCAAGCUGAUACAGAAGCCUCCUCGCAUACAAGCGAACAGCCUCCUGCAGGGUACAGGAUCGAAAGUGUUGCAAAACCACCGAAAGGCCCGCCGUACAUAUGUGUGGAGUGUGACUACAGGGCACCGAACGGUUUCAGCCUCACCGAGCACGUGAGGAUUCACACGGGUGAGAAACCGUACAAGUGCGAUCUUUGUGACUUCUCAACUGCCUGGAAGACCAGUAUAGACAUGCACGUUCGGAAACACUCGGGGAAGAAACCCUACGUCUGCACGGAGUGUGGGUACAGCACGACUUACCGUGUCCACCUCACGAGGCACAUGAUAACUCACACUGGCCAGUAUCCCUACAAGUGUAACCUGUGUGGCUUUUCUACCGCUAGGAAGAGCAACCUCAGCGAACACAUGGCCACACACACGGGUGAGAAAAAGCACAAGUGUGACAAGUGUGGAUACAGGACUGCUCACAAGCAUGGACUAAACAGACACAUGAAAACACACACAGGCGACAAUCCUUACAAGUGUGACCAGUGCGACUAUUCAGCUGUGCAGAAAAGGGACUUGGAUGUACACAGGUUUAAACACACGACUAAUGGAGGGAAAUGCUGUGUGUGUGAGGAGUGUGGGCACAGGGCAGCUGACAUGGGAGACCUUAAUAAACACAAGAGGAAGCACAAAAUGAUCAACUUGCUGUAG